AUGCUGUCACGACAGCUUCUGCGCGCGGCGCCUCGCGCUGUCUUCUCGAGGAGGAUGGCUACUCUGGCCGAUUCUCCCCUUGAUAAGAAGGUUGCCCAGAACAAUCAAGAGAAGGGCAACUUCAUAAAUUACAAGAAGAUGUCCGAGAACCUGUCAAUUGUUCGCCAAAGACUCAAUCGUCCCCUCACAUAUGCCGAGAAGAUCUUGUACAGCCAUUUGGAUGAUCCUCAUGGACAGGAGAUCGAGCGCGGGGUAUCCUACCUGAAGUUGCGCCCGGAUCGAGUGGCUUGUCAAGAUGCCACCGCACAGAUGGCUAUUUUGCAAUUCAUGUCUGCCGGCAUGCCGUCCGUUGCGAACCCAACGACCGUUCACUGCGACCAUCUGAUUGAAGCUCAAGUUGGUGGUGCGAAGGAUUUGGCCAGAGCUGUGGAUAUCAACAAGGAGGUUUAUGAUUUCCUCUCCACAUCUUGUGCCAAGUACAACAUUGGUUUCUGGAAGCCUGGAUCCGGUAUCAUCCAUCAAAUUCUCCUCGAAAACUACGCUUUCCCCGGUGGUCUAUUGAUCGGCACUGAUUCGCACACUCCCAAUGCUGGUGGUCUUGGAAUGUGUGCCAUUGGUGUUGGUGGAGCGGAUGCUGUCGAUGUUAUGGCCAACCUUCCUUGGGAAUUGAAGGCACCAAAGGUUAUUGGUGUCAAGCUUACUGGUCAAUUGUCCGGCUGGGCUUCACCAAAGGAAUGUGUCCGCCGCUCAACACACUUUGAGCGGUGGGUGCAUGCUAUCGAGACCGAGCUUUUCACCAUGUUGAAUACUUUUGGGCCACAGUAUCAUACGCUAACAUGUGUUACUACUACAGGACCAGGAACAGCCUCUGUUGUUCACAGUGCUGAGAUUGGUGCUACGACUUCUCUUUUUCCUUUCAACGACCGCAUGUACGAUUAUCUCGCUGCUACAAAACGUUCCGAGAUUGGUGAUUUCGCUCGCGUUUACGCCAAGGAGCUCAGAGAAGAUGAAGGCGCCCAAUAUGACCAACUGAUUGAGAUCAACCUUUCGGAAUUGGAACCUCAUAUCAACGGCCCUUUUACCCCCGAUCUUGCUACUCCAAUCUCCAAGUUCAGCGAGGCUGUCACGGCUAACAAUUGGCCCGCGGAGCUCAAGGUUGGACUGAUCGGAUCUUGCACGAACUCCUCUUACGAGGACAUGUCUCGCGCAGCUUCCAUUGCCCGUGAUGCCCUGGAUCACGGCGUGAAGGCGAAAUCUUUAUUCACAGUAACCCCCGGUUCGGAACAAAUCAGGGCUACGAUUGAGAGGGAUGGUCAAUUGGCAACAUUGGAGGAGUUCGGUGGAAUGGUUCUAGCCAACGCUUGCGGAAGCACAACUAACUCUGAGAUCCUUAGCCCAUGUAUCGGUCAGUGGGAUCGCAAGGACGUCAAGAAAGGGGAGGCCAACUCGAUUAUCUCAUCCUACAACCGAAACUUCACUGGCCGUAACGAUGCUAACCCCGCUACCCACUCCUUCGUCACCUCCCCAGAUCUCACAGUCGCAAUGACAAUCGCGGGAUCCCUCCACUUCAACCCUCUCACCGACAAAUUGAAGGACAAGGAUGGAAACGAGUUCCUUCUGUCCCCACCAACCGGUGAUGGACUGCCAUCGAGGGGCUAUGACCCAGGACAGGACACUUACCAAGCACCUCCUCCUACCGGUAGUGCUGUUGCCGUCGCAGUUUCCCCAACUAGUGAUCGAUUACAGCUUCUUGAGCCAUUUUCCGCAUGGGAUGGCAAGGAUGCUACUGAUAUUCCUAUUCUCAUCAAAGCAAAAGGCAAGACUACUACUGAUCAUAUUUCCAUGGCUGGCCCUUGGCUCAAGUACCGUGGCCAUUUGGACAACAUCUCCAACAACAUGUUGAUUGGUGCCAUCAACUCUGAGAAUGGGGAGGCCAACAAGGUCAAGAACUUCACAACUGGAAAGUACGAUGCUGUCCCAGCUACCGCUAGAGACUACAAGAAGAAGGGGAUCCCAUGGGUUGUCAUCGGAGACUGGAAUUACGGCGAGGGAAGCUCAAGAGAACACGCAGCACUUGAGCCCAGACAUCUUGGUGGUCUUGCCAUCAUCACCCGAAGCUUUGCCCGAAUUCACGAGACCAACUUGAAGAAGCAAGGAAUGUUGCCUUUGACCUUCAUCAACCCCGAGGACUAUGACAAGAUUCAGCCAGAAGACAAGGUUGACCUCCUGUGCACCGAACUUGCUGUUGGCAAGCCGAUUACUCUUCGGGUGCACCCCAAGAACGGCGAGACCUUUGAUGUUAAGCUGGCACAUACCUAUAAUGCUCCACAAAUUGAAUGGUUCAAGAAUGGCAGCGCGUUGAACACAAUGGCUAAGGCGAAUAAUGCUUGA